GCGCAUUUCUGGCAGCCUCGAUACACUCCUCCGACCAACCGACACACCAUGGACUCGAUUCUGUCGGCGGGGGCCGAAGCGUCGGUGGCCCGCAUGAAGGAAUGCAUGGCAAGAAUCGAUGCCGAAUGUGUCAACGAUAUGCCACGGAGGGAAGUCGACUUUGUCGCCGUGACCAAACCCGACCUGGAUGAAGCCACAGCGCUUGCGCGUCAGGUCGCUGCGUUCCUGGACUCACAGCGCCGGUCAAGCGCCAACAAGGACAAGCUGAAAGCGACCCAUCGAGAGUUUGUCGAGGCAAUGAAGGAGCUCCAAGUGAUUCAGCGCAACUUUGCACGGAAGCGGGAACAACUCGUGGAACAUGAAUUGAUUCAGGCGGCGGUGGUAUCACCCGACGAUUUGAAACGUGCCAAGGACGAACAAUUGCGUCUCGCCAAGCUCGUGGAAGAAGCGGGCACCGUCCACCAAGUGUUCAAGGCGGUCGGACAAGUGGUCGGAGCUCAAACAGCCGACGUCAUACAAGUGCACGACAAAGCAGUGGACCUCAAACUGCAGAUUGGGCGCGCUAUCUCGGAAGAAGAGCAAGCCGCGUACUUGAUAUGGCAGGUAACCAAGAAGAAGUGCCUGAUGUUCUGCUUGGCGCUGGUUCUCUUGGGCGGGAUUGCCACGCCCGUCGUGCUGUACUUUUUAAACCAGGCGCAAUCGUAAGAACUCAAUAGAGAGCCGUUUGCUUUGGUGAUGGCAAGGACGGAACGCCAUCAGGCGCGCAAACGCCCCUUGCGAGCGUUUGCUGGACGACUCG